AUCGUGGGACGAACAGCUCUCAUGGACGGUGGAGGCGGUCGCCGAUCUGAGGUGGUGGAUUCGAUCUCUCGACGGCUGGAACGGCCGCGUGUUAUUGCCGCCAGCGGCCUUCGACAUGCAACUGAGCACGGACGCAUCGGCUUCCGGCUGGGGGGCGCUGCUGUCCGAACCGGUGUCCCAGACUGCAUCAGGGUUCUGGACCUUGCCGAAUCACGUGAUGCUGACAGCGCAUCACGUCAGUGGCGAAUCCAACGUGCAGCCGGACGCUCUUUCCAGGCUGCCCCUCCGUCACGAGUGGUUCUUACACCCAGAGGUAUUUCGACAGUUAGAUCAGAUGUUUGGCCCUCACUCUAUCGAUCGGUUCGCGACAUGUUCGACCACUCACCUUCCUCUGUACAACAGUCGGUACUUAGAUCCCGGUACAGCGGGGGUAGACGCUUUCGGUCAGGCCGACUGGUCCAGUCACAACAACUUUGUCAAUCCGCCGUUCAGGCUGAUUCCACGAGUGUUGGACACGAUCGAAGCUCAUCAGGCAGUGGCCACGCUGAUCGCACCGUUCUGGCCGGCACAGCCGUGGAUGGCCAGGCUGCGGCGGCUGAGCGUCGCCCCGCCACUGCGCCUGCCGCCAGUGUCGCGGGCAUGUGUUCCGGUCCUCCCGGGGUUCGAGGUGAUCGAGCCACACCGAAAUCCGGCCUGGAGACUGUACGCUUGGCGGAUUUGUGGCGCACCCAGCUGAGUACCCGUGGCUGGUCGCACACCGCGAGUGAACUUCUCGUUUUGUGUUUGGCGGACUCUACUCAACAGACGUAUAACCGUUACCUUCAGGAUUGUUUCGAGUUUUGUGUCCAUCGUGCCGCUCAAUUUCCUCCUGCUGACACGGCUAUUUUAGCAGAAUUUUUGUUGCAUCGAUGCAAAUCAUCCGACAGGCCUCAUUCGACUCUGAGAUGUAUUUCUGCGGCGUUAGGAGCAGCAUAUGACGCAUGUGGUAUGGCCAAUUUGAUGUGUGAUCAGUAUAUUUCGCGGCUGUGUCAGGCGAUUGUUAAGUGUGGAACCGCAGUUCCGAUGUUGCGCUCGCGUGUCAUGGAUGUGUCCGCGUUUACUCGUAUGUUUCGUUCAUGGCCAUGCAACAAUACUCUGUCGACGAAACAGCUGCGUCUGAAGACAAUUACGCUGUUAGCUCUUGUCCUUAUGUUACGGCCUUCGGAUGUGGCGCCUAAGGCGUCAUCGUUUGAUUUUUGCACGAGUGUUGCGUCCCGCUUUGUUAUGUCGGUAGAUCAUGUGAAAUUUGAUUCUGACGGAUCUGCCUCCGUGACCUUUUUUGGUGUUAAGAACGACGCGCAGCGGACGGGGUUCGAAGUUACGAUUCCCCCGUGCUCGGACGCACAGGUCGAUCCCGUGGAGGCCUUGCGUGUGUACAUUAGCCGCACGGAGUCCAUUCGCUGUCCCAGGACCCGGCCGUUAUUUGUCAGCCUGGUGCGACCGCACGGCGCCAUAUCCGCCAGUGCUGUAGCUGGGGUGCUGCAGGACGCUAUCCAGGCGGCUGAGGAGUACGGCCUGCCGCCGGGACACACACCCAAGGACUUCCGGCCCACCGGGGCAACAGCGGCCGUGGGCCACGGCUUCAACGCUGACGACGUUCAGAGGCUCGGUCGUUGGAAGACUCGUUCCGUGUUUAUGGACCGUUAUGUGCACAACAAGGUGCCUGAUUCGUUUACCGACAGUAUGUUACAGUAGGCAGGGACACAGAAGGAUUCUCGCUACGGACAUGCUAUAUGUUAGUGUUUGUUUGUAAACAAUACAUUGUCAGCCCCGGUGACGGUGCCUGCAACGUCGGUUUUUUGAAACCAUAGUUGCGGCAGCCGUCACCAGGGGCGUUGGGGUCGCGAGCGGCCGUGACCGCUCGCGGGUCAUCAGUCUGGCCGCGUACUGGGAAGUCGAGGUGUCGGCUGACGGCUAGCGGUGGUGGCGUGUCUGGCGGUGUUCCCGGUCCUGUCAUGCUAUAUGUUAGUGUUUGUUUGUAAACAAUACAUUGUCAGCCCCGGUGACGGUGCCUGCAA